ACACUCCAUUCCACCCCGCCCCUGCUACAGCACGAUCGGCCAUCAUGUGAGGCUGUACCAGGGUGCCGACCUUGUUAACGUGUGGGGAAUCGAAACCGAAGCGUUAAUCCGAGGAUUCGGGAACACACUAUACUGUUAAGGAUGGCAGGACUAUCGUCGAGAGAGCGCACUGGCUGCAAUAGUCUGCUGAACCUGAUGUCAGAAAGUGAUUUGCGAUCACUUUUUGAUACAGUCACAAAUAGUCAUAGGCCUAUCCCAAGAUCUGUCGAAGACUUAAAGGAAGCAAUUCUUUUCAACUCCAACGAUGCGGUGGAAUUCCUGAAAAGGAGGAAAGUGCAGCGAGGUUUCAUUUUUCAGUACCUCGCCACACAGGGAAUUCUCAUGCCACCCGGCAGUGAAAUAGCACCGCUGAUAGAAAGGACCUUACGGUUUUGGUCGUCUGAAGAGAAAUUCCAUGGACAACGCGGUGAACUCCCACAAGCAGCAACAAGAGAGGAUGCGAGAAAUGCCCAGCCAGAGUGGUCCCAUCAAGGCCCAUUACUGGAGGGAAUGAUUCAGUCCGUAGGAACACAGGCUGAGACGCCCCUUGAUCAGUCCGGGGAACCAUUUUGCAGCUGGUUCUUUCCACUCCUAAACAGCCAGAACCCCGCCAUAGACCAGAAUUCUCCAGAAUGGGGACGACAACAUUUUUUCAACGAUGCAAAACUAAAUAUAAUAUAUAGCAGGAUUGGCCAAAAUUCGGGGCUGUACCACGGUGCAGACCGGGUUAACUUGGGUCUGCUGUCGCUGGUCAGAGAGUUUCGGCUGCUCCUCUACCCCAGCAUGGAGAACUGCAGGUACCGGGUUGUAAACAACCUGAACAGGGAGGUUCUUCUCGCUGUUGGCGGCACCGUCCAUCAUGAACCAUCCAACGGCAGACUGGGAUACUUCGAGCAGGUGUUUGGCCUCAUCUGCUCGCAGAUGGGAGAAUACAAGAUUAAGUUCACUGAUUUAAUUAUCGGACUACCCGGGAUUCCUGAUGGGGGAGGAGAAAAGCCCCCAAAGGUUACCUGGGACUUUGAUGAGCUGAAACUCCGCUUCUAAUCAUAAUAAUAAUUAUGUUUGCUUUAGCUUUCUGCUAAAUCUUAAAUACAUUGCACUUUCUAAAAAAGCUUUUUUAACUUUGCCUUUAUUUUCUAUUUUAUUACUAAAAUGCCUUUUUU